AUGCGCAGUUGCGCACCGGCGGUGGCGGCGGCAAGUGUGAUCUGGACGUUUGGGAUCUGCAGUGUGAGGGUCAGGAUCUGUCAUCAUGGAUUUCCAGCACAGAGCUGGAGGGAAAACGGGCAGCGGUGGCGUCGCCUCUUCGUCCGAGAGCAACCGAGACCGGCGCGAGCGACUGCGACAGCUCGCCUUAGAGACUAUAGACAUCAAUAAAGAUCCAUACUUCAUGAAAAACCAUUUGGGCUCAUACGAGUGUAAAUUGUGUCUCACACUUCACAAUAAUGAGGGAAGUUAUCUCGCUCACACACAGGGCAAAAAGCACCAGACAAACCUAGCGAGACGAGCCGCAAAGGAAGCGAAGGAAGCUCCAGCACAACCGGCUCCAGAGAAGGUGAAGGUUGAAGUGAAGAAAUUUGUCAAGAUUGGCCGACCAGGUUAUAAAGUAACAAAACAGAGGGAUCCAGAGACUGGACAGCAGAGUUUGCUUUUCCAGAUUGACUAUCCAGAGAUAGCGGAAGGCAUCGGGCCACGGCAUCGCUUCAUGUCGGCGUAUGAGCAGAGAAUCGAACCUCCCGACCGUCGCUGGCAGUACCUGCUGUUUGCAGCUGAGCCAUAUGAAACCAUCUCGUUCAAGGUGCCCAGUCGAGAGAUUGAUAAAGGAGAGACUAGAUUUUGGACACAUUGGAAUAGAGAAACAAAACAGUUCUUUUUGCAGUUUCACUUUAAGAUGGAGAAAUCUCUGCCCCCUCCACCCGGUCAAGCGGCAUCAGUGGGUGUCAAACGCCCGCCGUCACUCAUCACUGGAUUUGGGCAACGUCCACCCAGUGACUCUAUGCCACCCCCACCACCCGGAGGCAUGCCGGGAAUGCCCCCUUUGCCCCCCGGUGCCCCUGGCAUGCCUCAGAUGCCCCCUCCAGGUUCCCUCCCCCCUCACAUGAGACCCCCCCUCCCCAGUAAUGGACAGACAGGAAUGAGCAGUAACUGAACGAGUGUGUCUGUAAAUUAUUUCUUACAGUUUUAUCAUGUUUUAUAAACCAGCAUUGACUUUUUAUGCAUUUUUAUGACCGUUCAGAGAAUUAAUUUGUCUUUGUAGGGUAUCCAUACGUGUUUCUUUUGUCAGAGAGGUUUGUCAAAAUCUCUCUUGUGGCUCCAGUACAACAGCCCAACUGCACAAUAUCCAAUUGAUCUAAAGUACUUUAUUAUUAAAAGAAAGAAAACCGUCUUUGUGAUCCAUUUUGAUGUGUUCAAUUGUUGCAUAUUUUUUUAAUAAAGGAUAAAAUAUCUGUUCAUGUUUAAAGAAUAAAUCCAUCAGCUUUAGUGACCUUUA